GAACAGAUUAGAAGCCAGCAUGGCUGAUCUUCCGGCAGGAUACUAUAGGAUAGAGCUAAACAGAACCGUCUGGGAAGUGCCUGAGAAGUAUCAAGAUCUCAGUCCGAUUGGAACUGGUGCAUACGGACAAGUGUGUUCUGCAAUGAAUACUGCCACAGGAGAGCAAGUUGCCAUUAAGAAACUGUCAAGACCUUUCCAGACGACAAUGCAUGCUAAAAGAUCCUUUAGAGAAUUGAAGCUUUUACGCCAUAUGAACCAUGAGAAUGUCAUCGGUCUACUUGAUGUCUUUACUCCUGAUACAUCAUUUGAAACAUUUCAAGAUGUCUACAUGGUGACUGCUCUCAUGGGAGCUGAUCUAAACAGCAUUCUCAAGUGCCAGAAGCUCACAGAUGAACAUGUCCAGUUUCUGGUGUAUCAGAUACUGAGGGGGCUUAAGUACGUCCAUUCAGCUGGAGUUAUUCACAGGGACUUAAAACCAAGCAAUAUUGCUGUCAAUGAAGAUUGUGAGCUGAAGAUUCUUGACUUUGGCCUUGCGAGGAUGGCUGAGGAAGAAAUGACUGGCUAUGUUGCAACACGAUGGUACAGAGCACCAGAAAUCAUGCUCAACUGGAUGCACUACAACCAAACAGUGGAUAUUUGGUCUGUUGGGUGUAUCAUGGCGGAACUUUUGACAUCCAAGACGUUGUUUCCUGGAAAUGAUCAUAUUGAUCAGUUGACCAGAAUAAUGCAGCUGGUUGGAAAGCCGGAUGAAGAGUUCCUGUCAAAAAUUAGCAGUGAUUCUGCAAGAAGCUACAUUGCGUCCAUGCCAGAUUUCAAGAAAAGACCCUUCUCAGAAGUUUUUCUUCACGCAAACCCUCAAGCUGUAGACCUGUUGGAAAGCAUGCUCAAUCUUGACACAGACAAAAGACUCACUGCUGAGCAAGCCCUUGCACAUCCAUACCUGGCCACCUACGCUGACCCAGAAGAUGAGCCAACUUGCGAGCCUUUUGAUGAGGUUCAGUUCGAAGCUAGGGAUUUGGCAACAGACAAGUGGAGGGGUAAGAUGCUUGGUUCUGCUGUUUGUGGUGUGUAGUAUCUGAGUACUUUCAUCUUACAAUCUAGAAUCAAACAAGAACGGCAAAUGACACUCUGCCGCUAAUUAGUUACACGAAACAAAUUUCUAGUUGAGGAAUUCCAACGAGAAAAUGUGAAAAACUCUUUGAGGCUUUGGCAGGGUUUUCAGCACACCGUAUUUGAAACGCUUUUUCAUGUAGUUUAAUUGCUAGGCUGCGGG